ACUUUCAUAACACAUCUGACCCCAUUCUCCUCUUCCUACUAACAUCCUUACUCAAAGCUUAGCCAGUAUGAGGACUAACUUACUUGGUCUGAAAACUAUCAGAAGCCACAUUAGGCAAUCUGUUCACUGGAACAGCCUUAGCAUCAUAGUGUUCCUUGUUUUCUGUGCAACUCUUGCGACUGUUGUGGUGAUCUUAACAUGCCCCCAGGGAAUUGUCAUCACCACGUUGACUGGGAUAGAGGAUUUACAAAUUUUGAAGAGGAAAUGAGAGGAGAUCAAGCCCAUCAACAACAACGAAGUUACGGUAAUCAAUUUACUUUCUUCAUGGAGGAUGUUGUUGAAGCAAGUCCUGCUGCACUAGUAGAUGGUCAACUGGAUAAACAUUUAGAGAAUGAAAAUUGUCAUCAUUUGAGAGUGAAGGUAGUUAUGAAAGGGAACAAGAAACAGGAGGUAGAAAGGGAUACUGAAAAUGACAUUAGUAAUGAUAACACUGUUGGUGAUUGUCUUGAAGAAGAGGAACAACAAAUCGUCUCAUCAAGGGUACAUAAUUUUGCUGAGGGUGUCUGGAAUUGCUAUUUCGGAAGAGAUUACAUUUGGGAGGACUAAUAAAUUAACCGCAAUGAGAAAUGAACAGACUCGAGCUGCACAUAUGGUCCUCAUUCAGUGUUUUAUCUAAUUAGCCUCCACUGGUUGAUCCAUUCUGGUCGAGUUACUAACUUUCUCUGUUUACCCACUGAGUUAUGCUAUAUUUUUGAUGAGCUCAGUUACUCUUUCCAAUAAAUGGGUGUAGAAAAAAUGUGAUCAACUUUUACAUUAAUGGCA